AUGUUAGAUAUAUGUUUGGUGUUUCUUGAAACGGAUCAAUGUAUUGCUAUAAUUAGUGCUCCCAACUGCCAACAAGCUGGAACCUUUAAUUUGGACGCGUGCAGCAAUGGUGGCAGUUCCUCUAUGUCAGUGAUGAUGAGUCAUACCAGAAGAGCGGCUCUGCAAACGAAAAGGAGAGGGAUUAAAGUGAAGUGGGCUUUGCUUCUCUGCUAAGUGAGAGAGAGAGAGAGAGAGAAUGGGGAAGAUGAGUUCUUGGGGGUGUUUAAUGGUGAUGAUGGUAAUUUCACUCUCACUGCAAGAGAAUAGCGUCAACGCGGAAGAUCCAUACAGAUUCUUUACAUGGAAUGUUACUUAUGGCGAUAUCUAUCCGCUUGGAGUCAAGCAACAGGGAAUGUUGAUAAAUGGGCAGUUUCCAGGGCCGUCGAUUGAGUGUGUGACCAACGACAACUUGAUUGUCAACGUUUUCAACAGUUUGGAUGAGCCCUUUCUCCUUUCUUGGAAUGGUGUGGAGCAGAGGAGGAAUUCAUGGCAGGAUGGAGUUUGGGGUACUAAUUGUCCUAUUCCACCUGGCAGCAAUUUCACUUAUGCCAUGCAGGUCAAGGAUCAAAUUGGGAGCUUCUUCUACUUCCCCUCCCUUGCCUUCCACAAGGCUGCUGGAGGCUUCGGCGCCAUCAACAUCGCCAGCCGUUCUGUCAUUCCUGUUCCUUUUCCUCCUCCUGCUGGAGAAUACACUAUACUAGCUGGUGACUGGUUCAAACAAAACCACACUGCCUUGAAAGGAACUUUGGAUGAUGGGCAUGAACUUCCCUUACCAGAUGGUAUUCUGAUCAACGGGCGUGGAUCAAAUGGUUAUACAUUUACAGUUGAUCAAGGCAAGACUUACAGGUUUAGGAUAUCGAAUGUGGGGCUCACUACUUCUUUGAACUUUAGAAUCCAAGGGCAUAAGAUGGUACUGGCUGAGAUAGAAGGCACACAUACAGAGCAGAAUACAUACGAUUCCCUCGACAUUCAUCUGGGGCAGUCUUACUCAGUGCUAGUGACUGCUGAUCAGCCUGCAAAAGAUUAUUACAUUGUCUUCUCGACGCGCUUCACAUCCCAGGUGGUCACGUCGACUUCCAUUCUUCACUAUGGUAACUCAGCACAAAGUGUUUCAGGACCACCUCCUGGUGGUCCAACCAUUGAAAUUGACUGGUCUCUGAAUCAGGCCAGAUCCCUCAGGCGAAAUCUAACGGCUAGUGGACCACGCCCCAAUCCCCAAGGCUCAUACCAUUAUGGGCUGAUCAACACCACCAGGACCAUUAGACUUGCUAAUUCUGCUCCAAUCAUUAAUGGAAAACAAAGAUAUGCAAUCAACAGUGUUUCAUUCAAUCCAGCAGAUACGCCGCUUAAGCUUGCUGAUUACUUCCAGAUUCAGGGAAUCUUUACACUCGGGAGUAUCCCCGACAGCCCAACUGGCUCCGGUGCUUACCUUCAGACCUCCGUCAUGGCUGCUGAUUUCAGAGCUUUUGUUGAGCUUGUGUUUGAGAAUCCAGAAGACACAGUGCAGUCAUGGCAUAUCGACGGCCACCAUUUCUUUGUCGUUGGGAUGGAUGGAGGACAGUGGACUCCAGCAAGCAGAUUGGCAUACAACUUAAGGGACACGAUUUCUCGUUCCACUGUACAGGUAUAUCCUAAGUCUUGGACUGCUCUAUACAUUCCUUUGGACAAUGUCGGAAUGUGGAACAUAAGGUCUCAGAAUUGGGCGCGCCAAUACUUGGGUCAACAGCUUUAUCUUCGAGUUUAUUCACCUGCAAAUUCCUGGAGAGACGAGGCUCCAAUUCCAGGCAAUGCUCUUCUUUGUGGUAGAGCUUUAGGUCAUAAACCUCCUCAAUAAGCAUAAUGACAUACUAUCUACAGACUAUAGUAUUAUAUUGUCAAUGUAUGGCUGGCGGCUGGCCCCUUCAGUUUACUAGCUUCCUCCAUUAAAGUUAUUGUAGAGAUAGAUACUUCACAAUUCGUAAUUAGUGUAGGAGCUGAAGUUUGCAGAGUCCACGUUCACACCAUUCUAUUGUAAUCCAUCUUUUCCCAGACAUGGAAAGUUUCAAUUGUUUUUAAGUUCA